CACAACUUAUAGUCUUCCUUAACUGAAUACGUGGACAAUCUGAAAUUGAUGUAAAUGCUCCGGUGAAAGUUGAUGUCCCUGUUGGACAAUCUGAAAUUGCAAAUGAAUCUAAACCACGAAUGAAGCGUGGUAGACCAGUAGGUUCCAAGGAUAAUAAUCCUCGAAAAAUAAAAGGAGCUAUGAAUCAAAUUGGUCAAAUCGAGGAUAUGAAAGCUCAAGAAGAGUCCCCAAGCAUAACUAAGAUUGUAGUUCCCGAAGAACAUCAGGUACCUGAAAGUUUUGAUAAUGAAGAGAUCUCAAUCAAUUAUGUCUUGGAUGGAAAAUGUUGGAACCGAAGUGAAAUAAUCGUUGACGAUGUUUUUGCUUACGCUGUAGCGUUGAGUGUGAUGAAUGAAAAUGAGGAUCAUGAACCAAGAUCUAUUGAUGAAUGCAAGUCAAGAGAUGAUUGGCCAAAGUGGAAAGAGGCCAUUGAGGCGGAAUUAAACUCGCUUUCAAAGCGAAAGGUUUUUGGAAACGGUAGUCCUUACACCAGAAAACCCCAGACUUUCGAUUGGGCGCAGCAGGACGAGCAGAACACUACAUCCACCAUUGCUGACUCGGAACUGGAAGAAGAAGGUGUGGAUUCGGCAGGCGAGGAGGGCCCGGUGGCUUCCUACGCCGCCGCCGAAGAUGGGGAUGAUGCAAUUGAGGCGCAGGAGCCGUCGGAGGACGCCAAAGUGUUCGUCGAUAACUUGCCGUACGAUGUGGAUAGUGAGAAAUUGGCUAUGCUCUUCGAGCAAGCUGGAACUGUAGAGAUUGCUGAGGUCAUUUACAACAGGGAGACUGAUAGCAGCCGUGGUUUCGGAUUUGUGACCAUGAGUACUGUUGAAGAAGCUGAGAAGGCUGUCGAUAAGUUCAACAGCUAUGACAUGGGAGGGAGGUUCUUGACAGUUAACAAAGCUGCUCCCAGAGGAUCAAGGCCGGAGCGGGCUCCCCGUGUGUUAGAACCUGGUUGCAGAGUCUACGUUGGGAACCUACCAUGGAGUGUCGAUGAUUCUCGCCUCGAGCAAGUCUUCAGCGAGCACGGCAAGGUCACAAAUGCUCGAGUAGUGUAUGACAGGGACAGCGGCCGCUCACAUGGGUUCGGGUUUGUGACAAUGGCUGAUGAGACGGAGAUGAACGAUGCCAUUGCCGCUCUUGAUGGACAUUCUCUUGAUGGGAAAUGGUUUCCUGAAAGAGAACUGGAAUUCAAUUGACCUAAUGGUUCUGUAUGUCCUUCAUCCGGCAUCACGCAAUCGCGAAACAACCCGGGGACUAGCAGGCGUCAUCUCCCCAAGGGCAGAAGAUUUCAACAGAGACAUAGUAAUAGUAGCAGUAAAGGUGGUUUUUUUGGCAACUCGUUGGAAGAGGUUCAUAUUAUAGGCAGGGGCAACUUUGUAGGCCGUUCUCCGAGACAAGUGUCAAGUAAACUAUUUCAAGAUGAAACGAGUAAUCAAAGACCAGGUCUCUGAAACACCAGUUUAGCCACUUGCAUUGUGCUCUGACCAAAUCCGAGCCGGCAGGUGAGCAAAAAAUCUCUUGUUCCAUAUCGAUCUGAUUCUUCUGUUGAUCAUUAGAUAUGCUUCACCACAUAUCAAGUCAUUCACUUUAUGGUUAUUCCCAUUUCACUCUUCAAUUUGAAUGUUUUAAUUUAGCGAUUUUACUGCUUUAUAACUCUUAUGAUUGCUGUUGUCAUCAGGUUUACUGCUGAAUCAAAAUCCUAGACGGGAGUCGCAUUGAAAAGAGGAUUUGGUCUGAUGGUUUACACACGCUGAUAUGGCUUUGGUGCUUGUUUACACACGCUAAUGUGUC